UUGUUAACGGCACUGGCACGACUACGUACUUAUGCUGUUUAUGCAAUUCCAAAAGUCACUCACGAAGGGUCACAUGCACCACGAUCGAGUACCUUGUUUACGUCUGGUGUAUAUAUAGCAACGGAUGUGGACUAGAGUGCUGUAUCCCGCGCACUCACUACGACCUGGCUAAGCGAUUCGUCCGAACAUGGCUUGGUUGCCCAUCUUCAUUGUUUGCGCUACGGCUGUUUUAGAAACGUUUGGUGCCCUUGGUGGGUUCAAUGACGAAAAGAUCAUCGGCGGAACAGUAACACAUGUGGAUGAUGCCAAAUUCAUGACACAAGUCGUUGUCUACACAUACGAAUCAGAGGAAAUUGUUGGGAUUUCAACAUGUGGAGGGUCUCUGAUAUCAACCACUCUCGUUUUAACGGCGGGACACUGUGCAUCAGGGAAAGCAAAGGAGACUGUGGUUUUAGCUGGUACGUCCGAUUUUCUGAAGAGAGGCAAACGCGGAAGUGGCUACGAGGUAAAGGACAUAAGGGUCCAUCCAAAAUACCAGGCUUUCAACCUAGAGGACGGUAGUAGCUAUGCUAUUUAUGAUGUUGCUGUACUAAAACUUAAGUCGGCCGUACCCCUGGGUGCUAAGACUGGUCUCAUAUCUAUAACCAAAGUGAACGCACCUCCCAAAACUGGUACACUGCUUACGGUCGCAGGAUGGGGAAUCUACAAGAACAAUAGUGACAGCAGUUCCAAGAAACUGAGGAGAGGAGUAUACACUACUCUGAGCCGCGACAUAUGUGCGCAGAAACUUGGGUCUGCAUUUACAGCGCAAGAAAUUUGUACAUCCUCUACUCCAAACUCGGCAUUUUGCCUUGGAGAUUCCGGUGGCCCAGCAUACGUUGGCAAAAUCCAGUACGGUAUAGUUUCCUGGGGAAACUGCGGUAUAAAGAACUCUCCAAGCGUUCUUACGAACUUAGCGAAUCCUGAAAUAAACUCAUUUGUCCAAAAUAUGUUAAAAACAAAGCUAUGAUGAAUGUAAGGCGUUAAAUUGAAUAAACCGCACAAUUGAGCAAUAAAA